GCCGGUGGUGCUGCGCCACAAAUUGUGCACGCCUGACUGGCUCGCUUUUUUUGGCAAAGGACGUUUCAGACGUGCACCCUCGUGGCCGGGCGCAAUGGCCUUGGCCCGCCCCCACGGCCAGGCCUCGCCUUACGUGCGCGACGUCGUUCGACAACCCACCUUCCACCUUCGAUUCUCAACUGACCUCCCGUGCGACUCUGGAGAUGCUGCUGCCGCGACCAUGAAUUCGGAUUGGGAGCCGAUCGUACACAAGCGCUGAGCGGCUGCGCCACCGCACACUAAUUUCCGGUGAUUUUGCGCGGCUUGGGACCCGGUCAUAGUCGGCCGCCUGCUGCGAAGCGCCCUGGGACAGCUGCAGACGGGAUGAGGAAGACCGCGAUGCCGGUGGAGAAAUCGCGCACCGGUGGCUUUGCCCUACGAGCCCGAGACAGAAGCGGGUAUCGAUCUGCAGCGGCUCUGGUGGAGAAGGGUAUCAAGAGGAAACGGCCAAGCUACCGAAGGGCGGCUGUUCGGUUGAUUGCUUCGUUGCGAGGAUCUAGGACCGAAGCCUGCAGUGAACAGCUGUCUUCAAACUUGUCGAGUCCGUUUUUCGAGGCUCUGCUACGAUUGCCUAACGAGCUUCACGUUUUGAUCCUGAGUCAACUGUCAAUCUCCGAUCUGCUGGCAUUGCGUCGAACAUGUCGCAUCUUAAAUGUGCUUGUGGCAGGAUCUGCGCCUUCUCUCAGUCGAUACUGGGUGAAGCAUCGCAUGGGUAACCUUCAUCUGCGUCUGUAUCCAAACACGAGACCAAUCGAUGCGGACUUCCAAUAUCUACUCGCCAUGCGGCGACGGCAUAUUGCCUCUAUUCGACUGAGCAGACAGCUUGCCAACUUCCUACUUGGCGAUAUACAAGAGCAAGUCGCCCCUCGUCAACGUCAAAUAUGGACGUCUGUCUACGAGAAAAUCAUGCCACUUGUAUUUGGAGUUGGCUACUUCCUCGAGGAACAUCGAAGAGCUGUUCUUGAUCGCGACUUGGGACAGAUUCGACCGCGAUCGCACAUUGGAUACGAUAUCUGUACAACAGGUUGCAUAGCAAAUCAUGACCUGAAGACCAUCAAGAAGAUGGACGCGCCAUUGCGGUUGCAGUAUUACUACAUGUACUGCUUCAUCUUGCAGGUCUUGCGGCGCAAGUUGCGCCCUGCGAAUCGCACACGGACUGUGGGCAAUUUCCUGAGGGGGUGGUCAAACCACCCUGCUUGCUCCGAAGACAUAGCUUUCUUCCUCAUCCUGGGCGGGAUUGGGCAGAUUGCUAAGCUGCUUGCGUGUCCCACCUAUACUGAUCGGAGGAGGUACUUGCAUGCGUACAUCACGCACCUGUCGCCGCACGCGAGCAAGUGCUGGAGAGCUCACUGGAAGGACAUCGGCGUUGUGUCUCCUGCUUUACUAGACGACAUACCGUGUACGAGUAUUGGCAUCACGCAGCUCGACCAGAUCUGGGAGCCAGGGAUAGCAGAGAUGAUGAUGCCGGAGAGCAGAGUCUUCACUGCCUCAGAAAAGCUGCGGUACGAAGAACUUCAAGUCUCGAGGAAGUACAUCAACGAGAUAAUAGGCUACGACAUACUGCGGGUGUCGGCUGCAGAGUGCGUUGACAUUGACGAGGAGAUGGACGACAGGAGACCAUAGACCGUCGUAAUACCUACCGUAAUUUGCAACAAGUUUUUUACAACUGCCUUCUCAGAUCCACACUGAGGCUUGGUCACGCGCG